AAGUGCCGGGGUGUGUAAGGACGUUGUCUAGUGCGUCUACGUGGAACAGCCACCACACCGAGCUGCUCUAAAUGAUAGCAGAGAAAUACAGGGGAAACAGCCAGAAGAGGGACAAGACGCUGCUCUCUCGGCUGCGGGAUAUUGUUGUUUCGCUAUAGUGUUAGACUUACCCGCUUUGAAAUUACCGUCACACAGACUGGAUGAUUUCUGUAGCGCACUCGUGGCCACCCUGUAAAAGGAAAUGUUCAUGGUUUUGGAAGGCUUUAUGGAACUAGCUAGCAUUAGCUAGCGACGCUCCUGGCUGCUCUGAAGGAAAUUAUUGCUCGUCUAGCUAGCCAGGAUGCUACGGUGGAUACGACAACAGCUGGGCUUUGACCCCCCCCACCAGAGCGACACCAGGACGGUGUACAUCGCCAACCGCUUCCCGCAGCACUACAACCCACAGAGGUUCGCCGACAACCGGAUCAUAUCCUCCAAGUACACCAUAUGGAACUUCGUCCCCAAGAAUCUGUUCGAGCAGUUCAGAAGAAUCGCCAAUUUCUAUUUCCUCAUCAUCUUCCUGGUCCAGCUGAUGAUUGAUACCCCCACUUCCCCUGUUACCAGCGGACUUCCUCUCUUCUUUGUCAUCACUGUAACCGCCAUCAAACAGGGCUAUGAGGAUUGGCUGAGACACAAGGCGGACAACGAGGUGAACGGGGCUCCGGUGUUGGUGGUGCGCAGCGGCAGCUUGGUGCAGACGCGCUCCAAGAACAUCAGGGUUGGGGACAUUGUCAGGGUGGCCAAAGAUGAGACGUUCCCGGCUGACCUGGUGCUGCUGUCAUCAGAGCGCGUCGAGGGCACCUGCCACAUCACCACCGCCAGCCUGGACGGAGAGACCAACCUCAAGACCCACUAUGCAGUACCAGAGACUGCAGUGUCUCAAUCUGUGUCCACACUGGAGGCCCUGCAGGCGGUGGUGGAGUGUCAACAGCCUGACGCAGACCUCUACAGGUUUGUCGGAAGGAUAACAGUCACCCAGCAGGGAGAGGAGAUCGUGAGGCCUCUUGGACCAGAGAACCUGCUGCUUCGAGGAGCCCGCUUGAAGAAUACCAAAGAGAUAUUUGGCGUGGCUGUUUACACUGGGAUGGAAUCCAAGAUGGCCCUGAACUACAAGUGCAAAUCCCAGAAGCGCUCUGCGGUGGAGAAGUCCAUGAACACGUUCCUGCUCUUCUACCUGGGCAUCCUGCUGUUCAAGGCGGUGCUGAGCACCAUUCUGAAGUACGCCUGGCAGGCUGAGGAAGAGUGGAACGAGCCCUUCUACACCAGAAGACUGACCAGGAGAGGAACAGCAGCCAGGAUCCUGACGUUCAUCUCGGACUUCCUGCCUUCCUGGUGCUCUACAACUUCAUCAUCCCCAUCUCGCUGUACGUCACCGUGGAGAUGCAGAAGUUCAUGGGCUCCUUCUUCAUUGGCUGGGACCUGGACCUGUACCACGAGGAGAGCGACCAGCAUGCCCAGGUCAAACACCUCCGACCUCAACGAGGAGCUGGGACAG